GUGGUCACGUGAUAGCUCCUAUGUGGAAUACAACACGUGGUCCGUUUUUAAAAGGUUUUUCAAUCGUUGUUUGUACUUCGAUUAAUUAUAUAAAAUCAAAAGUUUGAAAUUAGAAAAAAAUGAAAGUCGUUGCUUUAAUAAGUGGAGGAAAAGAUAGUUGUUAUAAUAUGAUGCAAUGUGUCGCCGACGGACACGAAAUUGUCGCCUUAGCUAAUUUGAAGCCGAAAGUAAAAGAUGAAUUAGAUAGUUACAUGUAUCAGUCUGUGGGUCAUCAUGCCAUAGACUUGUAUGCUGAAGCUAUUGAUCUUCCUCUCUUCAGACAAGUUAUAGAUGGAACUCCUCUUAAUCAAGAAAGUGAAUAUCAACCAACAGAAGGAGAUGAAGUUGAAGAUCUUUACAAAUUGUUAAAAAAUAUAAAAAAGAAAUUAUCUUUAGGCCUAAAGCCUGAACAGCAUCUUGGUAAAAGUCUUCAUGAAAUUUAUGAUCACAUGGUCAAAAUGGAAGAAAAAUAUGGAUUAAAUGUUUGUGGAGAAGGUGGUGAAUAUGAAACAUUUACCUUGGAUUGCCCUUUAUUUAAAAAAAAAAUUGUCAUAAAAGAAACUGAAAUGAUCUUACAUUCUGAUGAUGCAUUUGCACCAGUUGGAUAUCUCAAUUUGAAGUCUCUUUCAUUACAAGAUAAAGAAAUGCAAAGUAUGACAACACAAAAGGAUCUGAUAAAGAACCUUCCAAUUAAACUUCCAAAUAAACAAUCUGUUUAAAUUAUAUUGAAAACAAUUUUGGUAUUAAAGGUGUUAAAGUUUACAAUAAUAUUUAAAAAAUUUAUGAAGAAUAAGGGCAUUUAUCAUAUUUAAUGAAAAAGUUGCAUAUUAUAUAAUAGUUUGUCUUCAGAAACAUACAGUAAUUACUGGUGAGUGAAUUACUACUUUGUUAUAGUAUGAAAAUUACAACAGUAAAAACUCACUAAAUGAAAAUUGCCAAUUCAGUUUUAUUUCAUUCGAUUAUAAAAGAAUAUAAUUCACAAAUAGAAGCAAAAUGCAAGUACAAUAGAACUUUGAUUAUCCAAGUCCUGAUCAACCUAGAUUCUGCAUUAUCCAAGGUAAAUCUGUAAGUGAAUAAUACACUACUUUUCUUAUAAUUUAUAAUUCUAUGGGCUUUGCUAUGAAUGCACAAAUAUGUAAAUACUGUAGUACUUUUAACCUUGACUGUAUGGAUUGAGUGACUUUUUCUUAAACACUUUACACACUGUGCCUAUUUUUCCAUGCCCAUUGUGAAUUUAGCCAGAUUCACAAUGAAGAGACUAAAUGGUGAGAUGGCAACAUACCAGGACAGAUUGCCCAUGAAAAAUUAUGCUGGUGACUGGAAUAUUGUGGUAAAAAAGGAAAGAACUGCUACAUAACAAAAAGACAUAAAAUACUUUUAAAAAGUUUAAAAUGAUGACAUUUAUUACUUAGUGAUUUGUUUGUUACUUUUUAUCAUUUAGCUUCAAUGUGAGACAAAUCAUUCAUAUUUAAAUGCAACUAGGUAAA